UGAUUCUGUCUCUCCAGUAGUAGUGCUUGCAAAAACUAGGAGUUUUCAAGCUUUUGCUUUUUUGGGUUGUGUGAAUGCUUCAUUCGCCUCACAAACAACCACAGAACCACAAGUGCGGUGCAAGCUUUCUCCAGGAGGACAGCAACAAGUCUCUGGUUUUUAAAUGGUUAAUCUCCGCAGGUCACUACCAGCCACCGAGAGCAAGCGAGUCAGUGAGUGCCCUAACCACAGUCUAUGCAGUAAUAUCUAAGGCUGCAAGCAGUAUUUACAACAGAGGGCACCAGCUCUAUCUGGAAGGAAAAGGAAGGACUAUGGCAUCAAACAGCCUCUUCAGCACAGUGACAGCAUGCCAGCAGAACUUCUUCUGGGAUCCGAGCACCAGCCGGCGCUUCAGCCCCCCCUCCAGCAGCCUGCAGCCCGGCAAGAUGAGCGACGUGAGCCCGGUGGUAGCUGCACAGCAGCAGCAACAGCAGCAGCAACAGCAGCAGCAGCAGCAACAGCAACAGCAGCAGCAGCAGCAGCAGCAACAGCAGCAGGAGGCGGCCGCAGCGGCGGCGGCGGCGGCGGCGGCGGCGGCAGCAGCGGCGGCAGCGGCAGUGCCCCGGUUGAGGCCGCCGCACGACAACCGCACCAUGGUGGAGAUCAUCGCCGACCACCCGGCCGAACUGGUCCGCACCGACAGCCCCAACUUCCUGUGCUCCGUGCUGCCCUCGCACUGGCGGUGCAACAAGACCCUGCCCGUGGCCUUCAAGGUGGUAGCCCUCGGAGAGGUACCAGAUGGGACUGUGGUUACUGUUAUGGCGGGGAAUGAUGAGAACUAUUCUGCUGAGCUCCGAAAUGCCUCUGCUGUCAUGAAAAACCAAGUAGCAAGGUUCAACGAUCUGAGAUUUGUGGGCCGGAGUGGACGAGGCAAGAGUUUCACCUUGACCAUAACGGUCUUCACAAACCCUCCCCAAGUGGCCACCUACCACAGAGCUAUUAAAGUGACCGUGGACGGUCCCCGGGAGCCAAGAAGGCACAGACAGAAGCUUGAUGACUCUAAACCUAGUUUGUUCUCUGACCGCCUCAGUGAUUUAGGGCGCAUCCCUCAUCCCAGUAUGAGAGUAGGUGUCCCGCCUCAGAACCCACGGCCCUCCCUGAACUCUGCACCAAGUCCUUUUAAUCCACAAGGACAGAGUCAGAUUACAGAUCCCAGGCAGGCACAGUCUUCCCCACCGUGGUCCUACGACCAGUCCUACCCCUCAUACCUGAGCCAGAUGACGUCCCCGUCCAUCCACUCCACCACGCCAUUGUCUUCCACACGGGGCACUGGGCUACCCGCCAUCACCGACGUGCCCAGGCGCAUUUCAGAUGACGAUACUGCCACCUCUGACUUCUGCCUCUGGCCUUCCUCUCUCAGCAAGAAGAGCCAGGCAGGUGCUUCAGAACUGGGCCCUUUUUCAGACCCCAGGCAGUUCCCAAGCAUUUCAUCCCUCACUGAGAACCGCUUCUCCAACCCACGAAUGCACUACCCAGCCACCUUUACUUACACCCCGCCAGUCACGUCAGGCAUGUCCCUCGGCAUGUCCGCCACCACCCACUACCACACCUACCUGCCACCACCCUACCCCGGCUCUUCCCAAAGCCAGAGUGGACCCUUCCAGACCAGCAGCACUCCAUAUCUCUACUAUGGCACUUCGUCAGCGUCCUAUCAAUUCCCCAUGGUACCGGGAGGGGACCGGUCUCCUUCCAGAAUGCUUCCGCCAUGCACCACCACCUCGAAUGGCAGCACGCUAUUAAAUCCAAAUUUGCCUAACCAGAAUGAUGGUGUUGACGCUGAUGGAAGCCACAGCAGUUCCCCAACUGUUUUGAAUUCUAGUGGCAGAAUGGAUGAAUCUGUUUGGCGACCAUAUUGAAAUUCCUCAGCUGUGGCCCAGCGGCAUCCAGGGGCCACAUCCCACAUGUGUUAAUAUAUACAUAUAUAAAGAGAGUGCAUAUAUAUGUAUAUUGAUUAGCUAUCUAGAAGAUUUCUCAUUCACUCCCUAGUCAUGAUCUUGCAACCCUAAGAGGGUAGAGACAGUCAUAACUGGGUCUCAUUUUGUUUACUAUUUAAGAUGUCCCUUUUACCAAGGAACAAAUGGUCAAAGGUGUUGUUGUCUGGCCUGUUUUCAUCAGUAACUUGUUCCUAUGCCAAUUCAGAGAGGUGGACUCCGGGUUCAGGAGGAAGAAGAGCCAAGCCACUUCCUCCCUGUACUCUGAAACCGCACGCUUCGGCUGUGUGGGGGCCGGUGCACUCUGCAGACCAGCUUUCAAAGCCAGUGUGGUGCACUCAGGAAGGGAUGAGAGGUAGCAUGGAUACCGCCGCC